GUUCGCAGCUUUGACGUGACGUCACCCGACGUGCGUUUGCGCAGUGUGUGCUGGAGUUUAGGGUCCUGGGUACUCUAGGCCUGUUUCUGGUUUUGAGGGGACUGGUCCGUACACACCAUGAGCGGGACUCUGGCUAAGAUCGCCGAGAUAGAGUCCGAGAUGGCCCGGACCCAAAAAAAUAAAGCAACAGCACAUCACCUGGGGCUUCUUAAGGCACGUCUAGCUAAACUAAGGCGGGAGCUCAUCACUCCAAAGGGAGGUGGAGGAGGUGGACCUGGAGAAGGUUUUGAUGUUGCAAAGACUGGAGAUGCUCGCAUUGGAUUUGUUGGUUUCCCGUCUGUAGGAAAGUCUACACUGCUCAGUAACUUAGCUGGAGUUUACUCUGAAGUAGCAGCCUAUGAAUUCACAACACUUACCACAGUACCCGGAGUUGUGAGAUACAAAGGAGCGAAGAUACAGCUUCUCGACCUGCCUGGAAUCAUUGAAGGAGCAAAGGACGGAAAGGGCAGAGGUCGUCAGGUCAUUGCAGUUGCUCGUACGUGCAAUCUAAUCCUUAUUGUUCUGGAUGUGCUUAAGCCUUUGGGACACAAGAAGAUUAUUGAGAAUGAACUGGAGGGUUUCGGUAUCCGUCUAAACAAGAAGCCUCCAAAUAUUGGAUUUAAAAAGAAGGACAAAGGAGGAAUUAACCUCACUGCUACAUGUGCUCAGAGUGAAUUGGACAAUGAAACUGUCAAGAGCAUCUUGGCUGAGUACAAAAUCCACAAUGCUGACAUCACCCUGCGUAGUGAUGCCACUGCUGAUGACCUGAUUGAUGUUGUGGAGGGAAACCGAGUUUACAUCCCCUGUAUCUAUGUGCUAAAUAAGAUUGACCAGAUCUCUUUGGAGGAGCUGGAUGUAAUUUACAAGGUGCCCCACUGCGUGCCAAUCUCAGCCCACCAUCGCUGGAACUUUGAUGACCUUUUAGAGAAGAUCUGGGAUUACUUGCGGCUGGUGCGAAUUUACACCAAGCCGAAGGGACAGCUACCAGAUUACAGUUCUCCAGUGGUGCUACCAGAUUCUCACACUACAGUAGAAGAUUUCUGCCUCAAAAUUCACAAGAACCUGAUGAAGGAGUUUAAAUAUGCACUUGUAUGGGGAUCAUCUGUGAAACAUAAUCCUCAAAAAGUUGGCAAAGACCAUUUGAUGGAAGACGAGGAUGUAAUUCAAAUUGUGAAGAAAUAAUCCAUUUUAUUUUGCACACCCAAGCAAAUUAUGAACAUGUAGCAAGCAGCUCAGCAUGUCUUUCAUCUGUAAAUAUUGUUCAGCCUAAAGUUCAAUAAAUAUUCUCAUUUCAUUAUCAAA